AAAAUCAAAACCCUUUUCCGAUCCCUCCCUCGGCGAUUCCCCAAUCCACCGGCUAGGGUUUCCCGAUCUCGGGUAUGGCCAGGGUCAGCAAGACGACGCCCUACGCCGCCGCCGCCGCGGCCUCGUCGACGACGAAGGGCACGACAACCGCCGCGGCUGCCAAGCCCAAGCCCUCUCGGGUGAAGAAGACGCCCCCUACCUCCGCCGCGCCCUCACCGCCGGCUUCGGAGCAGACUAACCCAGCUGCGGCCUCGUCGACGACGAUUGAGACGGCGUCCGCCGCGGAGAAACCCAAGGCGCGGUCGAAGAAGAAGCCGCCUCCUGCCGCCGCCGCGCCCUCGCCGGCGCAGAAUACCCCGGCUGCUGCCGCUGCCGCGCCCUCGUCGGCGACCGAUAAUACGGCGCCCGCGGCGGACAAGCCCAAGCCGCGGUCGAAGACGAAGACGUCCCCUGCUGCCGCGUCGCCGAAGCGAAUGCCCCCUCCCGCCGCCGCCGCCGUGAUCGAGAUACCCGAUUCCCCCACCCCGUCGGCGAGCGCCAGGAAGAAUGGGGGGCGGAGGCCUCUCAUCCUCGAAGUCGACGGGGUCGAAAUGUGGACGCCGCGGCAGAAGCGCCGCAUCGAUGAGGACUGCUGCAUCCUCACCGCCGACCCCCUGGUCGCCGACGAAGCUCCCCCGGUCGUCGUCACCCCCGCCGCUGACGACGACAUAGCGGUUGUUGCGGAGCGCGGCAAGGUGGCGUGCAGAGAUUACCCCCACCCGAGGUAUGCCUGCGCCAAGUACCCCUUCGCCAGUACCCCUCAUGAGAGCCACUGCAAGCAGUGUUUCUGCUACGUAUGCGACAUUGCUGCUCCAUGUGCAACCUGGAAGGGACAUACAAAUUAUGGGCAUUGCCAUGCUUCAGACAGUGACAAGAGUUGGAGGAUCAUGAGGGGAGUGGCGAGGCAAAAGCAAUGCAAUAGGCAGUGAGGUCUCGUUGUCAUUGAGGCGAGGUUUACCCUUGUUCUAGGCCAGAGAAAGCAGCGACCAUUUUGUAAUCAUCGGUCGGUUUAUCCUGACUGCAAGGCUACUCUUCAGCAUAACUUGUACAGGGUUGGAUUGGUAGAGAACCUGAUAUAGUCUUAUUUCAAAAAUCCAGGAGUGUUCUCUUCUGUCGAUGCAGUCAAGUUUAAUGUUCCAUCCAAUUUUAGCAUUUCAUCUUAUAUUC